UGGCCCCCGCGAGAGAAGAUCAAGUGGGUCGCCACUCGCAAGACAGUCUGGUGCAAGUGGGAGGGAGGGGGGAAAAAACAACCUGGUGACGACACGCAGCAUACUCCCACUCAGCAGGUUUUUGGCCUCCAGAAUCACCACAGUCAGCUUCCCUGCUGUUGGAACAUACCUCAAGGACAAACAAAUGUCUCCGAGCCGCUCGCUCUAAAACACAGAAAGAGAGAUCCCGCCACUCCUGCAGCGACUGGCUGAAGUCCACACUGCUCAUCGGUAUUUUCACCACCCCGAUGGCAUCGUGCUUGGAGAAGCGGUCAAAGUCAUACACGUGGAAGCCGGAUGUUGACUGUACAACUGCGUCUGACCGAGCUGUGACAUGGAGGGCAAAGGGGAGCAUCACGCGUGAGGACGUGUGUGCACGCUGCUCCACAGAGGUCACAGCCAUACGCCAAGAGCUUUUCCUCAUUUCGGUCACAGGUGAGCUGAAGCAUAUCCGAGCUGACUUUGGUAAAAGAGAGGAAGAUGAGGAUGAAGAGGAGGAGGAGGAGAGGGGAUGACAGGACCGGACAGGACAGGCGGAGGACAAGCAUGUGUGCGUAGAAAUGCCACGAGUGCAGCGCCUUCACCAGAAACAUGUCAUGCAGGCGGCGUGCGCGCUGGAGGCCGUCGUCCUCCGCAUCUUUGGUCCCGAAGGAGGACAGGUGCUGUUCACCCGAGACAACGGACAUGUGAUGUUGAGCCGCAGUGGGACGCGCAUUCUCACGGCGCUACGACUUGACCAUCCACUCGCCAGGAUGAUGGUUGAGUGCGUCUGGAAGCACAGCGGGAAAACAGGGGAUGGAUCCAAGUCAUUUAUCCUUCUCUUGGCAUCAUUGCUACGUACCAUUUACACCGUAGCAUCUAAGGAGCUCAACGGAUCUCGUGUCUAUAACUCAAGGGAAGUAGCCGAGUCUGCCACUGCCAGGCGCUUGGCUGACCAAACGUUGGCUUUUGCAUUGGAGGAGCUGGAGGAUCUUAUCGCUGUCGCAGUGGCUCCUUAUGGAUUCUGUCUGUCAGUGAAGAAUUUAACUGCAAGCACACAAUCUGCAUCUCACUCGGAUGGGAUUUAUGUUGAAAAGUUGAUAGCAUCUUUCUUUCAUACUCGUUUGGGUUUUGCCCACUGUGACUUCAUGGGCGAGCUCAUUUUCAAACUGCUCGCCAACUGGAGCUGUAAAACUGACAAAUCUUCGAGAUCGGACAACCCCAGGAGUUUUCAGGGUAAUUUGUAUGUGAACUCAAAUGGCUGUAAGGCAGAUUUAUCUUCCUCAUCACUCCAGUUUCUAAAUGACAAUUUCCCUGCUCUGCAUACGCUGGUGUCUGGCUUUCCUGUCAGCUGUUCACGUUUGAUAGAGGGACAAGUCAUUCACAGGGACUUUGCAACACACUACCAUGGCAGUCACCAGCAUCCAGUCAAGGCAGUGUUUUUUACCAUUUCACUGCAACCCAAAUGGCUAAACGCAAGCGACACACUGGAGAUUGGGAACGGAAUACACAGCAAAAGCAUCAUGCACUUUAGUGCCUGGGCGGAAAGCUCACUGGAACAUAUUUUUGCCACCCUUCAAUCUCUUGGAGUCUCUGUCCUGCUGUCUGCGGUCAAACAGUCUGACGCCGUCCUGACUUUAGCAACACAGGCGGAGAUAUGUGUCGUGGAGUGCGUUAGCGAAGAUGAACUUGCGCUCUUCCUCCACCUGAGCGGAGCCUCAGCUGUCUCAGACUGUGGGAGGAUUCAACCAGAACACAUUGCUUCUUUGACAUUUUGUCGACCAAUACUUCUGGGAACCCAUAGAUACGUUCACAUGGCGUUUCCAGAUUCCAGGGAACAGCAGCCCUGUAAUAUCAUCAUCUGUGGCUUGGGUGAAGGGCAAACGGAUCAAUAUGCAGGUGCUGUUCAGGAUGUUAUUCGUAUGCUGCGUACAACAUGGGAGCCCCUGGGUGCAGCUACUAAAGCUCCAUCCUCUAUUUGGCCAGGCUGCGUCAUACCAGCUGGUGGUACUUUUGAGCUUCUCUUAUGCCGCGCCCUCCUACAACAUGGCCACUCUCAUGCCAUUUCUAAAGAUAUACCUGUCGUUUGCCAGCUCCUGGCAGACGCGAUACUGCAUCUUCCCCGACAUAUUCACUCCGGCAAUGCAAGACGUUUCUUACAGAUUCAAUCAAAGGUCUGGAGCUUUCCAGACAGAAAUCCUUUCCAACCUGAUGGAUUGUUAUGCGAGCCAGGCUUUAGCCAAGGACAUUGUGAUAAUAAAAGCUUUCAAGGAGACUCUGAACCAAGUAUGUAUUGUUCAUUAGUCAACAAUAUGAAAACGCUAUCAGGACUUGAGUCUGUUUCCUGUAAAUACCAUCUCAUUUUGGCUGUGCUGCAGUGUGUCAAAAACCUCCUCAGAUUCGAUAAUGUGUUUCACACACCCACCGAAUUGCACCCAAAAUCACUCAAACUCACUUAUUCCUCUGAGGAUGAAGACUGAGGUUUUUGACCUACAGCUAAAAAACAGCUGAAAGCUAAAAUCAUGUCUGUUCGUCUUCUAUAAAUGUGACUUUUAAUAAUUUGCAUUUUUCAUGGAAAUCAAUACUCUUUGAAUAUAUUUCUGGAACACUUUUACCAGGUAUCUACUAAGGCCUUAACCCAUUCAUUGUGUAUGUGCUGCCAUGGCGCAUUGACAAAACGUCAUGUCGCGCCACCUCGGGGCGGAGUUUUGCCGCUACAGCAGUGCUGCCCAGAUUGACUAAUUUUCAAGUCGAGCGCAGCACUGCCAUGACGUCAGACGUCCAAUAGGAAACAUUGUGGUAAUUUCAGAUUGGAAAGAGCAAGAUAUUUUAAUGGUGUUGUAGGCUUCAGUGAAAAUCAUGGAGAAACUUAAAGAAGCCUGUUGUAAAUCUCAAAGUGGUCUCCAAAUAGCUGUAGCUGAUGGAGGAGCUUGAACUCACAGGCACGGGGAGAACAUGCAAACUCCACACAGGCAUAGCCAGGGAUUGAACCCCAGUCCUCAGAACUGUGCGGCAGACGCUCUAACCAGUCGUCCACCGUGCUGCCAGUAUUGGAACAGACAUUAUUAAAUUAACUUAAAGUGAAUGAUAUUUCAUAUUUGGCAUAACUCUUACUUGCAAAAACUGCAUCAAGCCUGCGACCCAUUGACUUCCCCAGACUGUUGCAUUCUUUAUUUGAAAUGCUUUUCUAGGCCUUUACUGAAGUCUCUUUCAGUUCUUAUUUGUUCCUGGGGGUUUGUCCCUCCAGUUUCUUCUUCAGGAGGUAAAAUGCAUGCUCUAUUGGGUUAAGGUCUGUUGACUGACUUGGCCAGUCAACGGAAAACCUUCUGCUUUUUCCCCUGAUGAAGUCCUUUGUUCUGUUGGCAGUGUUUUGGGUCAUUGUCUUGUUGCAUGAUGAAGCUUCUCCCGAUUAGUUUUGAUGCAUUUUUAUGUAAAUUGACAGACAAAAUGGUUUUGUAGACUUCAGAAUUCAUUCUACUGCUACCAUCAUGAGUUAAAUAGUCAAUAAAGACUAGUGAGCCCGUUCCAGAAGCAGCCAUGCAAGCCAAGCCAUGACAUUACCUCCACCAUGCUUCACAGAUGAGCGUGUGUGUUUUGGAUCAUAAACAGAUCCUUUCUUUCGCCACACUUUGGCCUUUCCAUCACUUUGGUAGAGGUUAAUCUUGGUCUCAUCAAUCCAUAAAACCUUUUUCCAAAACUUUUGUGGCUCAUCUCUGUACUACUUUGCAAAAUCCAAUCUGGCCUUCCAAUUCUUUUUGCUGAUGAGUGGUUUGCAUCUUGUGGUAUGGCCUGCUUAUUUCUUGUCUCAAAGUCUUCUUCGAACAGUGGAUUGUGAUACCUUCACCCCUGCUCUGUGGAGGUUGGCAGUGAUGUCACUGACUCUUGUCUUUGGGUGCUUCUUCACAGCUCGAACAAUGUUUCUGUCAUCAACUGCUGUUGAUACCCUUGGCCGACCUUUUGGAUGUCUGUUGCUCAGUACACCAGUAGAUUAUUUCUUUUUCGGGACAUUCCAAAUUGUUGUAUUGGCUAUGCCCGAUGUUUGUGCAGUUGCUCUGAUCGAUUUUGCAUCUUCUCUCAGCUUUAAAAUGGUUUGCUUUUCUUCCAUAGACAGCUCUCUGGUCUUCAUAUUUGCUUAACAGCACAUGUAGUUUUAACAGGUGAACCCAAAAACAAGCACUAUCUAAUGUUUAGGCAAUCAAUUUAAAAGGCAACACCUGAGCAACUAGAAACACCCCUAAAUCACAUGUUCCAAUAUUUUUGCUCACUUGAAAAGUGGGUGGCUUCAAGCAAAAGGUGCUCUGUCCUGAGUUGUUUAACACAUCUAGAUGUAAAUACCAUGAAAUAAAAGCUUGAAUUAUGCACUUUUGUCUCAUAUUCCUCUUUUGAUUUGAAACCCAAAUGUCUCAGUAUACGACAAAAACCAAGGAAUUGCCCUUGCCAUUCCAAUACAUUUGGAGGGGACUUUAUACUUAAAGCUGUCUUCUGCGAUUUAUGGCUCCCCCUAACGCUGGAAUUCAGCUUUACAACAAAGCCUUCGUCACUUCGAUAUGAUGUAGGCUAAAUGUUUGUCUGGCCCCCUCCUCCUCCUUCCAACCCCUCAUGCUUUCUCCUUUCUCUAUGCCUCAGUUGACCUGCACAUUGUCCUUGUUUGGGCCUGCCUGUUUGUAGGUAAAAUAUGUCGUUUCCGCUACGUCAUUUUAGAGCGCCACCAAGUGAUCCAGCGCGGAAAUGUGUAGGAUAGUCACUAAAUCUAAUAAAAAUACAUAUUGAAAAUAUAGCAAGACUUGUCAGAAGCUGAUAGGGUUAAUCAGCAUUCUGUCAUCUACUCAUGUAGUGGCUUGUGUGAAUUUUUAUUUUAUUUUUUUAAACAAAACAUAGUUGUGUAUUAUAGCUUUAAUUGAAAUAACAUCACAAACCUUAUCAAAACGUCUUAUAUAAAUUGUCCAAAAAUAUUACAGUAGUCAGUUCAUUUCAAAUCAAUGUUGAAAUGUUUUGCAGCAUUUUGUCUAUAAAUCUGACGCUGUUCAGCUUUUCAGAUGUCAUGUCUGCUCCGUAUGACAGUCUGUGCUGUGGUAGGGAUACGUUAUAUACCACAAGACAUGGUAGUAUCAAUCAUACGUACAUGGUAGGUUAAUAAUUACGACUGGUAAUUCCAAGAAAAAAAUCUUGUUUGAGGUGUGGUGUUUUGUAUAUUAACAUAAGUAGAGGAUUGUUAAUAAUUAGGACACUGUGUUUAUUUGAGUAGAGGACACGAUUUGAGGAAAUAUGGGAGGUAGUUGGAAUUGAAAUAAUUUUAGCAAUCUUCAUGGGAUUGUGACUGUUUUUUGUAUGGUUAAAUUAAGGCAAACCUCAAAGCUUGUAAACCAACAGUUUUGAAGCAGUUUUUUUUUAAGACAGGCCAAUUUGUGUCCAUGGGAAGAAGAACAAAGAGCAGCUUUAGGCCUUUCUUGUUGGAAAGGAUGCUUUCACGCUUAUGGCGUCAUCAAAUUAGCAGAUCUGAUUGGUUCCUGAUUGAUCUGAUGAGCCAAACCAUCAUCCUAUCAGCUAACAAGAUAUUUUUGAAAAUGUCUGCCCAUUUUAUCAUUUUAAAUUAUAUUUGUCUUUACCACGCAAAAAUAAUUGUGAAACUAAACUCAUGCUAAACAAACUGUCUGAUGCUAGAGGCUUACACAAGCAUAGAUAGCAUUUCAUACAGUAUAUACAGUAAUUCUACACUUCACAUUACGCCAGUCAAAUGUUAACACUGUUUUCUUUGGCAUUUCCGGUAAUCAAUCAGUGCUCUAUGCUUUGCUUUCCAACUAAAAUUCCAAGUUAGUCAUUAAUCUAUCACUGAAAAUGUGCAGGUCCUCUUCUAGCCCGAGUGUUUACUUUGGCUACUCACCAUGACUGUGACAUGUAUGUUAUAAAUGUUGUUAUUAUUAUUAUUAUUUUUAUAAACUUCUUUCUUAUCUCA